CGGCAGCGCCCCGUUGUGACGGGCACGCCGCGCUGCCAAUGAGAGCGCGGGGCGGUGAUACGGCCUGGAGCGGGCGGGGGUGAGCGGCCGGGUCCAUGUGGGGCGCGCUGCGGGGGGCGCUGCGCGCCGCCGCCUCCCGCCCCAUGGCGGCAUCAACCCCCACGACUUCGCGGGGCUCCGCUGCCACCGCCGGCAUCAUCGUCAUCGGCGACGAGAUCCUCAAGGGCCACACGCAAGACACGAAUUCCUUCUUCAUGUGCCGGCGGCUGCGCGCUCUGGGCGUGAGGGUGGCGCGGAUCACGGUGGUGCCCGAUGAGGUGGACGCCAUCGCCAGCGAGGUGUCCGCCUUCGCCUCCCGUUUCACCUACGUGCUGACCUCGGGGGGCAUUGGCCCCACGCACGACGACGUGACCUUCGAGGCCGUGGCCAGGGCUUUCGGGGAGCGGGUCACCCUCCACCCCGAGCUGGUGGCCCUGGUGCACAAGUUCUUCGGCAAAACAGACACACAGUGCCCCGAGAUGAAGCUGGCUCGCGUCCCCGAGUCCUCCCGCCUCAAUUAUGGCAGGGACGGGCGCACGGGCAGCGCCUUCAAGUACCCGCUGGUCAGCGUGCGCAACGUCUACAUCUUCCCCGGCAUCCCGGCGCUGAUGGAGCGUGCGCUGGACGGUCUCGCCCACCUUUUCCGCAGCGAGCAGACCCGUUUCCACUCCCGUGCCAUCUACGUGGCGGCUGACGAGAUCCUCAUCGCGCCCACGCUGGACCAGGCUGAUGCCACCUUCCAGGGCCGUGUCAGCUUGGGUUCCUACCCAGACUGGGCCAACAACUACUAUCGCGUGAAGCUGACGCUGGACUCGGAGUCGGAGCAGGACCUGGAGGAAGCGUAUCGCUUCUUGAUGGAGAAGCUGCCGCCGGGCGUUGUCGUGCCGUCGGUGGUGGACUGUGUCUCACCGGCAGCCGCGGAGGUUUAUGGCCUGGCUGAGUCAGCAGGCUCGGCCCUGGGGCAGAAGGUGGCAGCGGCACUGCGGACCAUCGAGGUGGCUUUGGACCGGUACAGCCUGGCCCAGCUCUGCGUGGGAUUCAACGGGGGCAAGGACUGCACAGCCCUGCUGCACCUCGUCCAUGCUGCCCUGGAGAGGCAGUACCCGGCGAGGCAGGAGAAGCUACAAGUGCUCUACAUCCGCAUCGUGUCCCCUUUCCCUGAAAUGGAGCAGUUCAUCCAAGCAACCGUCCAGAGGUACAAGAUCCAGCUCUGCACCGUGGAGGGCUCCAUCCGGGAGGCCCUGGCUCACCUGAAGGAGCAGCAACCGCAGCUGGAGGCCGUCCUGAUGGGAACGCGGCGCACGGACCCCUACUCGCGCACCCUGACGCCCAUGUGCAUGACAGACCCCGACUGGCCCCCGUACAUGCGUGUGAACCCCUUGCUGGACUGGACCUACCGGGACAUCUGGGAGUUUCUGCGCAAGCUCUUUGUCCCCUACUGCAUCCUCUAUGACAAGGGCUACACCUCCCUGGGGAGCAUGGCCAACACACUGAAGAACCCGUCCCUGCGCUACACUGACGCCCGGGGCCGGGAGAGCUACCGGCCUGCCUACGAGCUGGAAAACGAAGAAGACGAGCGUACUUCCCGCCAGUGAAGGCCCGUGGGCCGUGCUCGGGGAGGCUCUGCUGGGACACCGCCGGCGGCUGGCUCCCCCGCAGAUGUUACUGGUACCGCUGGGGAUGACACUGAAUAAACCCUGCUGCUUGCCAGCACUGAAUAAACCUGCUGUGCUCAGCCUGCGGUCUGCACUGCGCUCGCGCUUGGGCGCACUGGUCCCUUCGGGCCCCAUGGAGCUCUGGCAGGAGCGGGACGGGGAGGGGGCGAGGCCAGCUUUGUCCAAACAAAAGGAUCCCCUGGGCAGUGCCCCCUCCCCGUGCCCGCUAUUGUGGAGGCUUUUGAAGCGCAGAGAAUGGAGCAGGUUCCAGCGCUUGCCGGGGCCCCGCGUGGCAGCACGGCUGCCUCCCCUUCUCACCCCGUCAGACCCUGCUGAUCCCUGCUCAGCCAUGCAGCUUCUCCGGACCGCGGCGGCCCGUCCCCCCGGCGCUCCGAGGCGAGCGGCACGGGCAAUGGCGCUGCCGGCUCCCACCAACACCUCCCUGGGGCUGCGCCUGGGCUCCUGGCUCCUGCGGCUGCUGCGGGAGUGCGUCUACCUCUUGCUCUGCAGCUGGUGCAUCCGCGAGCUGCUGGACUAGGGAACGACACACACCCCCCCUCCCUGUGCACCCCCCCGCCUCGAUGCCGCAGGACCCCCAGCAUCCCCUGCCUGCCCCUGUGUGAUGGGACUGCUUGUUGCCCUGUGUUGAUGGCACUGAUGGACCCCCCCCCCCAGCGCUGGGACCCCGAUCCAGCCUGCGCUCGCCCCGAUCACAGAGACCUCAAUAAACCUGAGCAGCACCUGA